AGAUGAGUACCGUAGGGUUGUCGAUGGGCCGAUGGCUAACACAGUAUCUUCCAGUCCAAUCUGUUUGUUGGCUGACACUGCUUCACUUUUACCAUUCACCGUUGUCCACGACGCUUUGAAAGAUGAGGAGGAUACAGUGUUAGCCCAUCGACAAACCAUACAUGGCACUAUUCAUGUUGCCGUAUAGCCCCGUGUAACUCGACAGACUUGGCGUUACUCCAUCCCCAAAUUUCUCUUCCGCCAACCGCCAUGCGUCUCCCGCCCGUCCGCUUCCUGCCGUCGAGCGCGGCGCCGGCGGUGGUGGCGGCGAACGCGCGCAUAGCCCACCUCGCCCGGGCGGGGAACAUCGAGGGCGCGAGGGCGGCCUUCGAGGCCAUGCCCCUCCGCACCACCGCCUCCUACAACGCCCUCCUCGCCGGCUACUUCCGCAACCGCCUGCCGGACGCGGCCCUCGGCCUCUUCCGCCGCAUGCCCUCCCGCGACCUCGCCUCCUACAACGCCCUCAUAUCCGGCCUCUCGCUCCGCCGCCAGACGCUCCCGGACGCCGCCGCCGCGCUCGCCUCCAUCCCCUUCCCGCCCUCCGUCGUCUCCUUCACCUCCCUCCUCCGUGGGUACGUGCGCCACGGCCUCCUCGCCGACGCCAUCCGCUUGUUCCAGCAGAUGCCGGAGCGGAACCACGUCUCUUACACCGUGCUGCUCGGUGGACUCCUUGAUGCCGGCCGUGUCAACGAGGCUCGCAGGCUGUUCGACGAAAUGCCUGACAGGGAUGUCGUGGCGUGGACAGCCAUGCUGUCUGGGUACUGCCAGGCUGGUCGGAUCACUGAGGCACGCGCUCUGUUUGAUGAAAUGCCGAAGAGGAAUGUCGUGUCAUGGACCGCGAUGAUCUCCGGAUAUGCUCAAAACGGUGAGGUGAACCUUGCAAGGAAGCUGUUCGAGGUGAUGCCUGAGCGCAAUGAGGUCUCGUGGACUGCAAUGUUGGUUGGGUACAUACAAGCUGGCCAUGUUGAGGAUGCUGCAGAGCUGUUUAAUGCAAUGCCGGAACAUCCAGUGGCCGCCUGCAAUGCCAUGAUGGUUGGGUUUGGGCAACGUGGAAUGGUGGAUGCUGCCAAGACAGUGUUCGAGAAAAUGUGUGAGAGAGAUGAUGGGACAUGGAGUGCCAUGAUUAAAGCGUAUGAGCAGAACGAAUUCUUGAUGGAGGCACUAUCUACCUUCCGUGAGAUGUUGUGGAGAGGUGUCCGUCCAAACUACCCAUCAGUCAUCAGCAUACUCACAGUGUGUGCGGCACUGGCUGUUCUUGAUUAUGGGAGGGAGGUGCAUGCUGCAAUGCUGAGAUGCUCCUUUGACAUGGACGUCUUUGCUGUGUCAGCAUUAAUCACAAUGUAUAUAAAAUGUGGAAAUCUGGAUAAGGCCAAGAGGGUCUUUCACACGUUUGAGCCAAAAGAUAUUGUGAUGUGGAACUCCAUGAUCACUGGUUAUGCUCAACAUGGAUUGGGGGAGCAAGCACUUGGCAUAUUUCAUGAUAUGAGGUUGGCAGGAAUGUCGCCUGAUGGAAUUACUUAUAUAGGGGCCCUCACAGCUUGUAGCUAUACCGGUAAAGUUAAAGAAGGGAGGGAGAUUUUUAAUUCUAUGACUGUGAAUUCUUCCAUCCGACCUGGAGCUGAGCAUUAUUCUUGUAUGGUUGAUUUACUUGGUCGAUCAGGCCUUGUGGAGGAAGCAUUUGACUUGAUAAAGAAUAUGCCAGUUGAACCAGAUGCUGUCAUCUGGGGAGCUCUGAUGGGUGCCUGUAGGAUGCACAGGAAUGCUGAGAUUGCUGAGUUUGCUGCUAAGAAGCUAUUAGAGCUAGAGCCUGGGAAUGCUGGACCGUAUGUCUUACUCUCUCACAUUUAUACAUCCGUUGGGAGGUGGGAAGAUGCUUCUAAGAUGCGGAAAUUCAUUAGCUCAAGGAAUUUGAACAAGUCACCAGGCUGUAGUUGGAUAGAGUACGACAAGAGGGUGCAUCUUUUCACAUCUGGUGAUGUAUUAGCACAUCCAGAACAUGCCGCUAUUCUUAGGAUAUUGGAAAAACUAGAUGGGCUAUUGAUGGAGUCUGGUUACUCGGCUGAUGGAAGCUUUGUGCUUCAUGAUAUAGAUGAGGAGCAAAAGUCUCAUAGCUUGCGGUAUCAUAGUGAGAGACAGGCUGUGGCAUAUGGACUACUGAAAAUCCCAGAAGGAAUGCCCAUUCGUGUCAUGAAAAACCUCAGGGUUUGUGGUGACUGCCAUUCUGCAAUAAAGUUGAUUGCAAAGAUCACUUCUAGGGAAAUCAUACUAAGAGAUGCCAAUAGAUUCCAUCAUUUCAAAGAUGGGUUUUGCUCAUGCAGGGACUACUGGUGAGGUGAAUAGUCUGGUCUUUUCCUUUCUCAGCACCUUCCCUUUAGUGAUCCUUCCAUUUGGAUCCAGGUUUCAAAACGUCCAUUUGACCGUGAAGUACACCAUCCGUUGCAGGCUAACUGCAUCUGGUCAAUUGUCCUGUCGAGGAGUUGGGUUUGGAGUGGAGUUGUGAAGCUGUCUAAAUCCAGCUGCACCUCUUUAGUUCAUUUUGUGAGAGCACUUCAGCCAGCUCCACCCGAAGCUCCACUACCUUUUCGGGUGGAGCUGAAACCGUUUGAUUGGGCUCCAGCUCCAGGAGAGGUGGAGCUAGAGCCAAAGCUGUGCCAAACAGACCCUAAGUAACAUCACAUCUUAGAAAUCAGAGUUAAGCACUUACGCUGAACUAGAAUAUGGAUACAUGAUCCACUACUCGGCACUUCAGCCUAAACACUCUAUAUAUUGUGUUUAAUUUGGUGGAGCUAAACUUUGGGAUAGUUGUAGCAUGAAAAACAAGCAAAUUUCUGUGGUGGUUCAUCAGGCAGGCUUUCUGAUCAUAAAUUUUCUUGUGAAUAUUGAGUUCAGAAGAUAUCCAUCUAAUUUUUGGAACAAUCCUGUGGAUGAUUUGAUUGGUUAUCAACGAUUCAAGAAUCAGCAUAAGGCAGGCUUUCUGAUCAUAAAUUUUCUUGUGACUGAGUUCAGAAGAUAUCCAUCUAAUUUUUGGAACAAUCCUGUGGAUGAUUUGAUUGGUUAUCUUAUCUACGAUUAAAGAUUUAGCAGUAAACAGUUGACCAACAGCGGAUCCAGGUAUUAAUUUUGGAGGAUCUUUGUUAAAGUACGGGAUUGUUGAUGACAUGACAACAUUCUUUGUGGCUUGGCAAUAUGAUAUAUUUUUUUAUGCAAUUUUAUGAAUGGAGUAUCAUAAAGGGUUAAGUCCGAUUUACCCCCCUAAACUCUUGCGAAAGUACGCUGUACCCCCCUAAACUAUAAUACCAGACAUAAUACCCCCUUAAACCAUUUAAUCCAGACACUUAACCCCCCCCCCCCGACCAAUUUCGGCUGGUUUUACCCGUUUGAUCCGACGUGGCACAUCCACGUGGCAAAUGAUGUGGCAAUAACAUAAAAAUACCCCUCCCCUCCCACACACACACUCUCUCUCCCUUUCUCCCGUGAAAAAUUCCCCAACCCAAACCCCUAACCCUAGCGGUGGAGGCGGAGCUUGGCGGCACGGCGGCGUGGUGAACGGCGGCGCAGGCGAGGCUCUGCGGUGCUGCGGCGCGGCACGACGCUCGCGCGGCUGUGCGGCACACGCGCGGCUGCGCAGCAAACAGCUCUCACGCGGCGGCGCAGCGGUGAGGCGCACGCGUGGCGGCGCAGCGGCGCGGCGCUCGCAGGGCGGUGCGGCACACACGCGGCGGCGAGGCGCACUCGCAGAGCUUCGAUCUGCACUUACUGAUGCACUUUAUGGAGGCCAACACUGUUAGGCACAAGGAACAUAUGGGAGCAAUGGAGAAGCAAAAGGAUACUGGAAAUGCUAAUCUAGUUAAUAUAUUAGAGAAUGAAAGAUGUGUGGUUAUGUAUGCAUUAGUAGCAUGCGUAUUUGUAAUUCUGGGGUUGUAUGUUAAGUUGUGAUCUUCCUGUAUAUGCAGUGUAUUAGCAUGUAAUCAGUACUGAUAUAUGUCAUGGAGGCUAUCUGAACCAGCAUGUUUCUCAAUUUGUGAUGGUCAUGUUUUGUGCAAUAAAGUGUGUGUGCAGUUAGUAUAAAUCAA